AUCACUCGAGUACCAUUCAUUCAAUUUCUGAUACGAUGAUGGAAAUAUCGAAUUCUCCGGCGUGUUCCUUCCUCUCCGACCAUACACAUACAAUUAUGCCCUCAUUGCUUUCAGGUCGGAUACUCCAUUUUCCGAAGCUCUCUGCAACUUCUUCUUCUCAAUCCCAUUACAGUAAACAAGUGAAACUUGCAAACAAAAUCAGCCAAAAUUCUGCAACUUCUGUUCGCCGUGCAGAUUCUGACAGUCCUCUAAGGAAAACCCACAAGUUGAAUUUGGAUGUUUCUCCUCAUAGAGCUGUAUCUGCGGUUAGAUUGAUGCGUAUAGAGUUGGGUGGUGCAUUUGCUGAUCUUCUGAAUGAGCAAGGGAAGGGUUCAGGGGAUAAUGAAAUGGGAUAUGUUGAAAGAACCCUUGGGUUUCGCACUCGUGACUUAGACGACAGAGAUUUAAGACUGGUCACGGAGGUUGUUGGAGGUACCAUUCGCUGGAGAAGAUAUCUUGAUCACUUGAUUCUUUCGUUAUGCCAUGAUGAGCGUACAUUCAGAAGCAUGGAGCCUCUUCUACUACAGAUUCUUCGAAUUGGUUUCUAUGAGAUCACCAAGUUAGACAUGCCACCUUAUGCUGUUGUAGAUGAGAGUGUAAGGCUCGCAAAGGUUGCUCUUAGACCAGGUGCCGGUAACUUGGUUAAUGGGAUUCUCAGGAAACUAGCAGUCCUUAAGGAGAGUGAUUCCCUUCCGGCAGUGAAAGUGCAUGGUGAUGAUCGUCAGCAAGCACGUGGUCUUGCCACUCUUUACUCUCAUCCAGUUUGGAUGGUAAGAAGAUGGACAAAGUAUUUUGGACAGGACAAAGCUAUUAAGCUUAUGACAUGGAAUAACAGCUAUCCCAGUUUCAGUCUAAGGGCAAAUACCGGGAAAGGUUUGACAGGGGCUGAUCUCGUCUCAAGGCUUAAAAUGUUGAAGGUCCCACAUGAGCCUUCUCUAUACUUGGAUGAUUUUGUUCGUCUAAAAACUGGAAUGCAGAAUGUUAUACAGGCUGGGUUACUAAAAGAAGGCUUCUGUGCAGUCCAGGAUGAAAGUGCCGGAUUAGUAGUCUCUAUUGUUGAUCCACAACCUGGUGAGAACAUUAUUGAUUGUUGUGCUGCUCCAGGAGGGAAAACCUUGUUCAUGGCAUCCCGUUUGAAAGGCCAAGGUACAUUAUUUGCCGUUGACAUAAAUGAAGGUCGAUUGCGGAUACUCAGAGAGACAGCCAAGUUGCACCAAGUUAUUGAUGUUAUCAGUACUAUCCAUGCUGAUCUUCGAACUUUUUCUCAGACGGAUAAGGCCGUAGAAUGGGAUAAAGUUUUACUGGAUGCACCUUGUUCAGGGCUUGGUGUUCUUUCAAAGCGAGCAGAUUUGCGUUGGAAUAGGAGACUGGAAGACAUGGAGCAACUUAAACAUUUACAGGAUGAGCUUCUCGAUUCAGCUUCCAGGUUGGUGAAGCCAGGUGGAGUGCUAAUAUACAGUACAUGUUCCAUUGACCCUGAAGAGAAUGAGGAAAGAAUUGAAGGUUUUCUUUUAAGGCAUCCAGAAUUUGACAUUGAUCCUGUGAACAAAUAUGUACCGGAGAAUUUUGUUACUAACCGAGGUUUUUAUAUGUCUAAUCCUGUGAAGCAUGAACUUGAUGGAGCCUUUGCAGCUCGUCUGGUUAGGUCUCAAUAAAUCGAGAAUGAGGAGCAUGUUUCAGUUUCACAAACUUUAAUUAUGUCGUCAAAAAGCAUCUUUAGGACAGAAGGAUCUUUUCCACAGACAACCAAGUUGUUGCUUUUAUGCCUUUCCUUUCAGCAUGAGAUCUCCAGACCAUCUCGUCACAUAUUUUCUCAGGCAGAGUGGGUCAUCAGUUUCAUAUUUCAUUAACUCCUGCUUGACGUAGUUUUUCUGUAAAGCAUGCUUGUGUCAAACAAAUGCAUUGUUGAAUUGUAUGACCAACUCAUAAAACUCAAGGUGUUAGAGAGACUUGAAUCCAGGAUCUCUACUUGCUCCAGUACCAUGUUGAAUUGUGUUGGCCACUCAAAGCCUUACAAUCAAUCCAGUCUUCGUGUUUGAGAGCUCAAAGGCCAUCAUUAUGUGGUACAGCAAUCAUACAAGUUAAAAGCAUACCACGACAAGAUGAAAUAUCAUUUUAUAUGCCAUUCUAGUGGCCAGUUGCUGAAAGAUGGGAUGCAGAGGCAGCACACUGUAUUGCGCUCGUUGAUAAGGCACAUAUCUUCCAUACUUAUUCAAGGAGGAAGAAGCGAAGAAAGAUAGGAGAAGAUAACGAUUUGCAUCUUCUCAAAUUCCUGAAGGUUUUCACACAUGGGGGAUUGAGCAGUUUCUUACUGUUUUUAGGAGUUAUGGCAGUUCUUUAUGGUUAGUAGAAGUUAUCUGUCUUUAUCCUAAGUAGUUAUGAAGUAAUUAUAGUUAUAUAUUAUAUAAUAAUAGAUCCAGUAAUGUGCAGAGGGUGGUAAUGUAUCUUUUAUAUGCAGAAGAUUGUUCUAAGAGAUACGAGACACUUGUCUCUCUUUGUAUUUUCUAUUGUUCUAAGAGAUACGAGAUAUUUGAGUUUCUCUUUGUAUUU